GGAAACUUUGAAGAAGCAGGAUCUACUCAGGAAGGAAACUAUAAGAAACAUAUUUUCUUUUUGCUUAGAAUUUAAGAAGGAAAGAAAAAAAUCGAAACUUUAGUCACUCUUUUCAUCAGCUAAACAUGUGCUUUUCUCACUGAGCCGGGACGCUGUAUAACAGAGGAUCUACUUUAUCUCACUGGAUCCAUGCUACGUUUUACUACACAUGUUCGUGAGGAAGAAGUGCAGAUAUGGAUCACGUAAGCUGCAGUUUCUCUUGUUGUUCCUGACGCUGGGCUUUCUGUUACUGAUGGUUACGACGCUGAAUCCACCACCCAGCAACCAGAGCAAGGAAGGGACCUUCCAGCCCGUGGAGUUCAACCUCCGGGAAGGGAAUCGCAUGGACUUUGCGGAGACCCAGGAGCUGCUGGACACCCAGGAGGAGAGCCAGCAGUACUACCCUCUGGAGGGGCUCUCGCCCUUCAUCUCCCUGCGGGAGGACGAGUUGAUCGCGGCCGUCGUCGUGUCGCCCACCGGCAAAAGGAACCACAGCAAGGCCAGGAAGGGAUACCGCGUGGUGGGGCAGCCGGGCAGGCGGCCCGAGGGGAGGGCAGGGGGGGACCCCGA